AUGCAUACUACCGAUAAUAUUCAGAUGGAAUUGGAAGAACCAUUCACAGUACAAGUGGACAAUCCAGUAUUUACUAAAAAAAUCACUAUUUGUAUGCGAUUUCGACGAUUCUUCACUCUUGAUGUUUUACCAAAUGAAAAACAUUAUUAUCCAAUAUUUAUUAUCAUUCUAUCUAUCAUACAUAUAUCCAUUCAUUUGACAACAUACAUCAACAUCGAAUGGAAAGAUCAACGUUUUAUAUAUUCAUUACAUGAUCUUUGGAUGUAUUAUAUACCAUGUAUGCGACCAACACCUUACGAUAUUCGUAUGCGUAUCGUCAAUUGCACAUCAUCGAUACAAAAUGUCACAUGUUAUUAUGGUAACGAACUCAAACACAAGUGCUUUUCUUUUCUAUAUCCACAUCAGUUGUGGAGAAUGUUUACUGUUAAUCUAAUUCAUGCUGAUUGGUCACACUUAUUAUCUAAUCUAUUCGGACAACUACUGUUCGGCAUUUUAUUGGAACGUAAAUAUGGUUCACUUCGGAUAGUUAUUGUUUACUGGCUUUCAAAUGUAAGCGCAGGUCUAUGUACUAUGUUAAAAGAUAGUCGAAAAGGUGGUAUUGGAGCUUCCGGUGCUAUAUACGGUUUGUCAUUGUUUUUCACUGUGGAACGUCUUAAUGCAAUAACAACAAAUAGCGAUCAUCGCUGUUCCAUAUUGAUGCAACUAAUCAUAUUUGUUGUAUUUCCUACGGCCUUGGAAAUCUAUUCAGCGUCUACUUCUGGCAUUACUGCAACACAUUUUGCUCAUUUUGGUGGUGGUUUGGUAGGUUUUCUGUUUGGUAUUGGCAUGCUUGGGUGUCCAUGCCCAUGUCCAUCUCCAUCGAAUAAUAAUUAUUGUAACUUUCAAAUGGCAUGCCGAGAGAUAGCCUAUAUUUUUCUUUUUAUCUACUUUGUUUUUACUCUCACUAUUUUUUUCCUAAUGGAGGCUCCGUAUGCAUUGCAGCCUUAA